GGUGUGACCUGAACACGACCUGGCUCUUUCCGUUCCAGGGAGCCACGACUCUACCAUCAGGCUAUGGGAUCUGAUAGCUGGGAAGACCAGAGCCACUCUCACCAAUCACAAGAAGUCUGUCAGAGCACUGGCCCUACAUCCCAGACAGUAUACCUUAGCCUCUGGCUCUGCCGACAACAUCAAGCAGUGGACGUUCCCAGACGGCAACUUCAUCCAGAACCUCUCUGGACACAACGCCAUCAUCAACGCAAUGGCGGUCAACUCAGACGGCGUGCUGGUAUCAGGAGCUGACAACGGCACCAUUCACCUGUGGGACUGGCGGACCGGCUACAACUUCCAGCGUAUCCACGCCGCCGUGCAGCCCGGCUCACUGGACAGCGAAUCGGGGAUCUUCGCCUGCAUGUUCGACCACUCGGAGAGCAGGCUGAUCACGGCCGAGGCCGACAAGACCAUCAAGGUGUACAAAGAGAACGACACGGCGACCGAGGAAAGCCACCCAAUCAACUGGAAACCGGAAAUCCUCAAGAGGAAAAGAUUCUAGUUUUGCAACAAACAAAAAAAUACAUUAAUUAAUUUCUGUCAAUAUUCCCAUCAAUAGAACUCCCAUAAUUUUUUAAAGAAGAAUAUUCACACAAAAACGAGUUGGCUUUUAUUUUUGCUGUAAUUUUGGGGGUUUUCAAUGUAGUCCUUAUUCUAAGUACCAUUUUGCGAUCUUCAAUGUACAAUGUUAGUCCAACAAAGCAGCCAUUUUGGACAGCCAAUAACAUUCUGGAAGGUUAUUUGUUAUUGAUGAUGAAUGCUCUCUCAUAUCUCUGGUCACUCUCGUCCACCAUGAGAAGCCACUUCUCAGCUCCGUAAGAGCUCGCCUUAGUGUACACAUAGUCCCCACUCGGGUCAAAUCUAGUAAAUGUGUGGAAAAUUCCAAGAUUUUAUCAUCAUUAGAAAGGUUUUCUUUUAUUUCUUUUAAACACCAACUGUAUAUACAAGAGAAACGUAAUUUGUUGUGCAAUCUGGUGUAUGAAAUAAAUCACUGUAUGAUUAACAGAACCAUAAAAAUAAAAAACAUGUUGGAUCU